GAGCUGCCCCGGCCGCCGCCGCCGCCUCGCCUGCACUCACGGCGGGAGGCAGCGCCACCCUGUCCAAGAAGAGGCCGCCGCCCCCGCCGCCCAGCCACAAACGCACCCUGUCCGACCCGCCCGGCCCGCUCUGUCACAUCAGAGGGGGCCUGUCCGGGGAGGAGACACAAGCACACGGAAGCGACUCCACGCCGCCUCCCGUCAACAAGAUGUCACCCGUCUCCAACAAGUUUGAAGGCAUCCCUCAGCAGCAGAGUACGACUUCGAGCAACACAAAGUCCACACUUGGUCCAAGGGUUCUUCCCAAACUACCUCAGAAAGUGGCGUUGCGUAAGAUCGAAACCAUCCACCACCCCUCCUUGGACAAAGCAGGCCUCCCCCCCGAGGUCUUCCAGAAGUCCCCGCCGGGGACGGACACCCCACAAAAGGCUGCGGCCCCAGAGCGGCCGCAGAAGAUCAAUGCGGGUAAGAGCAAGGCACGGCGCGUGAAGACCAUCUACGACUGCCAAGCCGACAACGACGACGAGCUGACCUUCGUAGAGGGCGAGGUCAUCGUGGUAACGGGCGAGGAGGACCAGGAGUGGUGGAUCGGUCACAUUGAGGGCGAGCCGGAGCGGAAGGGCGUCUUCCCCAUGUCCUUUGUGCACAUCCUCAGCGACUGA